GAGUUUGAUUCAAUUUAAGAGUUAAAAGUGGAUUAGUUUCCAUUGAAAUUCAUCCAAAUUCACUAAUUUAAUUUUGAUUUCGAAUUAAAAUCGAAAUCGACCCAAACCAAAUCGAAGACGCUGAGAGCUUCUGCACUUUCGAGUUUCUACUUUAUUUAUCUUCACUACCUUUCUCUCUCGUCUCUCUCUACAAACCAAAAAUUUCAAUUAGUUGGAACCGUCAGAUCUCAAAAUAUCUUACCCUUUUGGCGUGAAACCAUUGUUAAAUCUAUCGCCGCACCGGAAAACCGCUCAAUUUUUGCCGGAAACUUUCUUACAAUCAAUUUUUCCGGCAAAUAAUUACGCGAUCCCGGUAAGAAAUGAGCAACGGCGAGCUUCUCCGCAUCGAACCCCUAGAACUUCAAUUUCCAUUUGAAUUGAAGAAGCAGAUUUCAUGUUCCAUGCAACUAACCAACAGAACGGAUAGUUAUGUCGCAUUCAAGGUGAAGACCACGAAUCCGAAGAAGUAUUGUGUGCGGCCGAAUACUGGGGUGGUGUUGCCUCACUCUACUUGUGAUGUCAUAGUCACAAUGCAAGCACAAAAGGAGUCUCCAGAAGACAUGCAAUGCAGGGAUAAAUUCCUCCUCCAGACUGCAGUUGUUAGCCCAGGAACGACAACUAAGGACAUUACUCCUGAAAUGUUCAACAGAGAAUCCGGGAAUCGUGUUGAAGAAAGCAAGUUGAGAGUUGUCUAUGUUCCACCCCCACGGCCACCUUCACCAGUGCGAGAGGGAUCAGAGGAAGGCUCCUCACCCAGGGCUUCAGUAUCGGACAAUGGGACAAUAAAUCAAACUUCUGAACAUAAAACUUUCUCAAGAGCAUAUGUUGAGCCUAAGGAGAACACAACAGAGGUUAAGGCUCUCGUGUCUAAGCUGACCGAAGAGAAAAAUUCAGUUAUUCAGCAAAAUAACAAGCUUCAACAAGAACUGGAGAUCUUGAGGCGGGGAAGUAGCAGAAACCGAGGUGGUAUCCCAUUUUUAUACGUUAUUAUUGUUGGCUUGGUUGGCAUGCUGUUGGGAUAUCUGUUGAAGAAAACAUGAUCAAUGGAUCUUGAUCUGCAUUUCUGCUAUAUUUCUUGCUCCAGCUGUUAAAAAAGUGUAGGACGUCGAGGACAUAUGCAUGACUGAUUGGGAAGAGCUGUGUGUUCUAUUUUAGUUUCUUCUUUUUUUAAACCUUUUAAGAACUAGGUUUUUAAUGGGGCUUUGUGAGGCUCUAAAAGCAUUCAUUGUGUGACUAAUUGCUUUUAACUUGCUUCUCUCUGUAACUUACAAAGAUAUACUAUUAUCUUGUGGAAGUUUGUUUUCUUUGCCAUAUUUCUUAUUGAAAA